AUGGUAAAAGUAGCUCCCUGGAAGGGCAUUGCCCGUUUUGGGAAGCAUGGAGAACUCAGACCCCGUUCCCUCGGACCAUUCAAAAUUUUGGCUAGAGUGGGACUGCAAGCUUAUAAACUAGAACUACCACCGGAAAUGGAUGGAAUCCAUAACACAUUUCAUGUAUGUUACCUUCGUAAGUGCUUAGCGGAAGAGGAAAAUGUUAUUCCACUUUUAGAAAUUCUUGUGGAUGAGAACAACCAGUGUGUUGAAGAACCGGAAGCCAUAUUGGAAAGAAAGACUAAAGUGUUGAGACACAAAGAAAUUGUUAUGGUUAAAGUACAAUGGAAGCACCACCGAGGGUUGAACGUGACUUGGGAAGCGGAAGAGGAUUUGAAGAGGCGUUACCCCCGUCUUUUCGUUUGA